AGGAGUUGAGAACCACUGCCCUAACGUGAGAUAUAAAGCAGAAAAGGUAAGACAUUACGUAGUUACUUUUUGCACAAGCUUUUUAAAAGUAAAAUUGUGAAGUUGGCUCUAUGAUUUGAAAGUGUCAAUAAUUGUCAAGAGAAAUUGUAUGUUUUGAAUGUCAUUGCAACAUAAGGUACAAGAUUUACACUCCCCUCCGUAUUUAUUUGGAAUGUGAAACUAAAAUUUGACAACAUACAGCAUUUUGGAUUUGGGAUCAAAUGUUUCAUAUGAGGCAACAGUACAGAAUGUCACCUUUUAUUUGCCGGUAUAUUUUCAUAUAUAUAUAUCUUUUACCUUUUAGAAAUGAAAUCCCUUCAUGUAUCUAGUAUUUUUUAUGUGUAUUUUGUUGUUCAUAAGUAUUUGGAUAAAUUCACUUAUACUGUAUUAAAGUACUCAAAAGUGUAUUAUUUGGUCCCAUAUUCCUAGGACGCAAUGACUACAUCAAGCUUGUGACUCUACAAACUUGUUGGAUGCAUUUGCAGUUUGUUUUGGUUGUUUUUCGGAUUAUGUUUUGUCCAAUAGGAACUGAAUGACAUUAAUGUAGACAAGAGUAUCAUGUUCUAGUCACUUUUCUUGUAAAUAAGAACAGCAGAUGUUUUUGAACACUUCUACAUGAAUCAAAUCAAAUCACAUUUUAUUGGUCACAUACACAUAUUUAGCAGAUGUUAUUGCGGGUGUAGCGAAACGCUUGUGUUCUUAGCACCAACAGUGCAAUAGUAUCUAUCAAUUAAUGAAUCCUGAAUAACGAUGAGUGAGAAAGUUACAGAGGAACAAAGAUCAUUAAUCAUCACUACUAUGUACGAUUACAGAGCAACAUUUACACAUUUUAGCUUCACUGUCCAAAUAAAUAUGGAGGGGAGUGUAUGUCAUUAUAUGAUUGUCUGGGGGCUCCCGAGUGGCGCAGUGGUUUAAAGCACUGCAUCUCAGUGUAAGAGGCGUCACUACAUACCUGGGUAGAUUCCAGGCUGUAUCACAACCGGUCAUGAUUGGGAAUCCAAUAGGGUGGCACACAAUUGGCCCAGCGUCGUCCGGGUUAGGGGUAGGCCGUCAUUGUAAAUAAGAAUUUGUUCUUAACUGACUUUCCUGGUUUAAAAAGUAUGUGUCUGUCUGCUGCAGUCAAGUUUGAUCUGAUUGCUACAGUAGGUAGACAGAGCUGUAGCUUGCUGUUGUUGUAGCAUUUAGCAUGUGCAUCAGACUGUAAUCUAGGGUCACAUCAAAGCCCAGUGAGCCAGACAGAAACACGACUCCACUAAUGGGAGUGUGAUCAGAGCUGGGCUCUGAGACCCUUCUUCUCAGGAAACCCUCAAAUUAGCAAAGGAGGAGACAUGAAAGAGACUCAAUAUUGAGGAGACUGCCUGUCUAUCUACACAGAAGAAAUACGCCUACACUGGUUCCCCUGAGUAAAAUAUGAAUUAUAAACAUUCUUGAUUUCACAUGUCAUAUUUAAAUGCCAGUCAAUGUUUCAGAACUUUGUCUCAAAUAUAAAUGUGUGUUUUAUGUACUUCUGUCGUUACAGAAGUGUUCUCAAAACAAUGGCUCAUAAGAAAAAAAUUAUAUAUACAUGAAUACAUAACUGCUCAGCAAAGUGGCUUAUGUGAACUAAUCAGCAGGAGGUAUUUCUAAUGUAAAAGUCAAUAGAUUUAAUGGCGAAAAUAAGCCCCGGAGACUGAUAGUUUUGCAUUGUAAUGCCUUGGCUGUGAUUGCUCUCAUAAUGCCACCAGCCUCCAUUCACUAUUACCCUCUAUGUCUGCAGUCAUCACAAAACUAGCUGUUGUCUCCUCUCACACCUCGUCCCAGCCUCUUUGAUAGGUAGUUGAUAACAGUCUGAUGGGGCUGGGCUGGUUGUAUAUAUAGAGGGGGACCACUGGCACAGAGAGACAUUACCUUUCCUGCAGCAAGUAACAGCAGCACCUGUCUUCUCCUUAAUUUGAUUUUCAGUCAGGACUUUGUUUCUCUUCACUAUGGAUCUUUUCUCCUUCACCCUGGGUCUCCUGGUUCUCCUGUCCCCAGCCUGGGGCUUCGACCUGGGUCAGUCGACCCGCUGCGUGCCUAUCCCCCACCAGAUGAGUGUGUGCCAGGACGUGGGCUACUCGGAGAUGAGGCUGCCUAACUUGCUGGGGCACAGCAGCCUAGAGGGCGAGGUGGUUCCCCGCUCGGAGGACUGGAGACCCCUGCUGCAGACCGGCUGCCAUCCCCAGGCCCAGGCCUUCCUCUGCUCCCUCAUCGCCCCCGUCUGCCUCGACGCUUUUAUCCAGCCAUGCCGUAGCCUGUGUGUGGCCGUCAGGGACAGCUGUGCCCCAGUACUGGCCUGUCAGGGCCACGUCUGGCCAGAGGCGCUAGACUGUGACCGCUUCCCUGCCCAAGAAGAUAUGUGCCUGACCCCCCACCCCAAACACAGCAACAGCCACCUCGCCAAAGCAUUGCCUAAGCCUGCAUGCCAAGCAUGUCCUUCCGUGGAGGAGCACCCUUCACUGAAGACAGUUCUGGACGCUCUGUGCCAGGAUGAUUUUGCUGUAACAGCCAAGCUGUCUCGCCGGCGCCUGCCCUCAGGGGAGCCAGAGUUUGAGGUGGAAGGCCGGGUAGAGUUUAUCCGCCAGGGCCCCCUGCUUCCCUACGACACCCAGCACCUCCUCCAGCAGUGGCUGCUCAUCAACCUGCCCUGUGCCAACGUACUGGUCCGGCCCGGCCGUGUUCAGCUCUACCUGCUGACUGGCGCUGUGCAGUCCGAUGGCACCCUGGCCCUCACCCGCCUCUUCCCCUGGCACAAGAAGAACAACAGCACCACAGUGGCUGCGCGCAAGUGGAAACACCACAAGUGUUGAGUGACUGGAUGAUAGGAGUGAUAUAAUGAAAAAUAUGAUCUCUGUGUUGCUUAGAAUGGCGUCCUGAGUAGAAGGCCGGUUGAGUUUAUGAUGUUUUCUGAAGUUACUGACUUGAUGUCAGAGGUGUUAGAGCUGGACUCUCUCAUUGGCCCUCUGUUGCCCUCUGCUCCUUCACAGUAACUCAGCUACAGCACACAGUAAUAGAAUGCACUCUAAAAACUGUACAUAGUAAUAGCUAAAUGUAAAUUAUUUCUAAAGAGUAUUAUUUUCUAUUUAGAUAAUGCCGCAUUUAUGUGUUUUGUAUGUUGGAUUUUCCUGUUAAGUGAGUAAAAAUGAUACGAUAAUAAAAUGUCAAUAUUUAACCUAUUUCUAUUGAAUUACUGUUGGUUACUCUAUAUGAUUCAUACAGCAUGUAAAAUAUCCAGAACCUUACAGCCAAGUAGGUGAAUGAAGAAUGGUGCAGGAGUGCAGGAUGUCCAGAUAGUGAAUGGAUGAGAAAAAGACAAAGUGCAAAAAUAAAAUUGUCUUACAAACAACACAAUUCCAGCAUAACAUCUGUCAUUCACCAUGGCUGUACAAUGUUACAUUUAAUUGGCAUUUCAUAUUUGUAAAAUCUGUCAUUUAUUUGAUAUUGUCCCUGAAGUCCUUGGUAGGAAGCACUAUCUUUAUUGAUGUACUGUAUUUUUGUGUGAAUAUUAAAGGCCCAGUGCUGCCCAAAACUUGUGUUUUAUAUAUAUUUCCACACUUUGAGGUUCGAAUAAUACUGUGAAAAUGAUAAUGUCAUUUAAGUGUAAGAGCUGGUUGAAAAGACGAGUUUUGGCCUGCCUGGUGACAUCAUCAGACAGUAUAAGUUAAUAGACCAAUAACAAAGAGAGUUUCAAACCUCUCUACCAGUAACAGCUAGUUUUCAGGUUACAUAUCCCUCCCAUUAGGCUCAUCCAAUUAGACCCCUCAGACCACUCCCACACAGUCCUGGCAAAAUUCUAGCUUGAGAAGUUGUUCUUUGCUUAGAAGCUAUUUUUAACCAUUUUAAUUAAUAACAGUAAGGUACAUAAUUGUUACACAUAAAUCAUUUUAUAUUGAGAUAAAAAUGCCUGCAUUGGGCCUUUAAAUACUAUAACUUAUUACGGUUGUCUUGUAUUACUAUUGCAUACUCAACAUCUUGAAUAUUAACAUGAAAUGAAGAAAUCAGCAUUUAAUUAAUCAUUUUAUUUACAGAAAUUGUUUCAGUUA